GUCGCGUUCGGGCGGCGCGCCCCCGACGUCGCCCCGAUCGCUCGCUAUUUCGUGAAGAACGCCGCGGACAGGUGGGUGGCGGUGCCCCUGGACGAGUUCAAGCAGCACCGCAAGAUGUCCAGGGAUCCCGCCCGGGGUACGCUUGAACUGCUCGGCCAACGGGCGCAAGUUCAUUCCGUCGACUCUCGUGGUCUGCAUCGUUCCUGGGAGCUUCCGAUUGCGCCCGUGUUUCUCCAAGAUGGCACAGCAUCGACAAUUUUUGACGCUUUCUCCAAGGCGGUGCCGAGCCUGGACGUUCCUCAGAUGGUGCAGCUGUCCCAGGAGAUCGGGGCCUUGCGAUGGAUCCACAGCAGCGUAAGUGAGUACAACACUUUGUUGGAAAGCCCGCUGGAAGCUUGCGCGGUUCACCAAGAGCACAACGUCGCGGUCUCCGCGUCCCGGCACGACGCGCUCAUCGGGGACGUGCACGCUUGCUCCAUCGUGCACAAGUACGUCAAUGCUCACAAUAAGAUGACCAGCGCCCUGGCGAGAAUCGUCGAGCGCGAUCUCCAGUGGGAGCGCGUCAUCUUGCCGCCCCCCGAGUGGAGGGCGCACGCCAGGGCGGUGUUGGAGUUCACCCUGGGAGGCGACGCCCGGGGCUGCACCGACGCCGACGGCAACGC